AAUGCUCUGUUCCUGCUCUCGCAUUCUCUCUCUCAUAGAGCUCUAAACGUUGCAUCAUUUUUAUUAUCAAAGCUCUUAUCUUUCAAUUCCUAGCGAACCCUUUCAUCUUCCUUGCAUAAUUCACCAGUCUCUUUGAUUUCCCUGUCUCUCUAAACAGAGAAUUCAAGGCCUUUAUUGGGUAAUUUGAGAUUCAAUCAUUCAGUGGCUAGCCAAUCCAGUGCUCAAUCAGUUCAUGAUUUCACUGUUAAGGAUGCUAGGGGAAAUGAUGUUGACCUCAGCAUAUAUAAGGGGAAGGUCCUCUUGAUUGUCAAUGUUGCUUCACAAUGUGGCUUGACCAAUUCAAACUACACGGAGUUGACCCAGCUAUAUGACAAAUACAAGGAUCAAGGUUUGGAUAUUCUGGCUUUUCCAUGCAAUCAGUUUGGAUCUCAGGAGCCAGGGAACAAUGAACAAAUAGUGGAGUUUGCUUGUACUCGCUUUAAGGCUGACUAUCCCAUAUUUGAUAAGGUUGACGUGAAUGGUAAGAAUGCUGCUCCAAUUUACAAGUUCUUGAAGUCUAGCAAGGGUGGUCUUUUUGGGGACAGCAUCAAAUGGAACUUUUCCAAGUUCCUGGUGGAUAAAGAUGGCAAAGUUGUGGAUCGUUAUGCUCCCACUACUUCCCCUCUUAGCAUUGAGAAAGACGUGAAGAAACUACUGGGGAUUGCUUAAUUGCUCAGGGCAUGGUUGUUUAAUUGCCUAUUGAA